AUGGGUAAGGAGAAGGCUCAUAUCAACAUCGUCGUUAUCGGCCACGUCGAUUCCGGCAAGUCCACCACUACCGGUCACUUGAUCUACAAGUGCGGUGGUAUCGACAAGCGUACCAUCGAGAAGUUCGAGAAGGAAGCCGCCGAGCUCGGUAAGGGUUCCUUCAAGUACGCCUGGGUUCUUGACAAGCUCAAGGCCGAGCGUGAGCGUGGUAUCACCAUCGAUAUCGCUCUCUGGAAGUUCGAGACCAACGAGUACAAUGUCACCGUCAUUGACGCUCCCGGUCACCGUGAUUUCAUCAAGAACAUGAUUACUGGUACCUCGCAGGCUGACUGCGCUAUCCUCAUCAUUGCCGCUGGUACUGGUGAGUUCGAGGCUGGUAUCUCCAAGGAUGGCCAGACCCGUGAGCACGCUCUGCUCGCUUUCACCCUCGGUGUCAAGCAGCUCAUCGUUGCCAUCAACAAGAUGGACACUGCCAAGUGGUCCGAGGCCCGUUACAAGGAGAUCAUCAAGGAGACCUCCAACUUCAUCAAGAAGGUUGGCUACAACCCCAAGGAGGUUCCCUUCGUCCCCAUCUCCGGUUUCAACGGUGACAACAUGUUGGAGGAGACCACCAACGCCUCCUGGUACAAGGGCUGGGAGAAGGAGGUCAAGGGUGUCAAGAAGGAGGGCAAGACCCUCUUCCAGGCCAUUGACGCCAUCAACCCCCCUAGCCGUCCCACCGACAAGCCCCUCCGUCUUCCCCUCCAGGAUGUCUACAAGAUCGGUGGUAUUGGCACAGUGCCCGUCGGCCGUAUCGAGACCGGUACCAUCAAGCCCGGUAUGGUCGUUACCUUCGCUCCCUCCAACGUCACCACUGAGGUCAAGUCCGUCGAGAUGCACCACCAGCAGCUUCCCGAGGGUUUCCCCGGUGACAACGUUGGUUUCAACGUGAAGAACGUUUCCGUCAAGGAAAUCCGCCGUGGUAACGUUGCCGGUGACUCCAAGAACGACCCUCCCCAGGGUGCUGCUUCUUUCAACGCCCAGGUCAUCGUCCUCAACCACCCUGGUCAGAUCGGUGCCGGUUACGCUCCCGUUCUGGACUGCCACACCGCCCACAUUGCUUGCAAGUUCUCUGAGCUUCUUGAGAAGAUUGACCGCCGUACUGGUAAGUCGGUUGAGUCGUCUCCCAAGUUCGUCAAGUCCGGUGACGCUGCCAUCGUCAAGAUGAUUCCCUCCAAGCCCAUGUGCGUUGAGGCUUUCACUGACUACCCUCCCCUGGGUCGUUUCGCCGUCCGUGACAUGCGUCAGACCGUCGCUGUCGGUGUCAUCAAGUCCGUUGAGAAGACCACUGGUGGUACUGGCAAGGUCACCAAGUCCGCCGCCAAGGCUGGCAAGAAAUAA